AGCUCUCUCUCUCCCGCGUCGGUGGAGGAACUGUAUGCGGCGUGCAGCGGUGCGCCUGCGCGCUAGAUCAGUCUGUCCGUGGCACGUGGGGCCGCGGCGAAAAAACAAGUCGACGGAGUAUAGUUAUAAUCCACACGUUGCAGUGCGGGCUGUGCACGAGAGAGGAGAAGAGAGGAGAGGAGACACAGUGCUGCAGAGAGAGAGAGAGAGACAGAGAGAGAGAGAGAGAGAGUAGUCUCCGUGGCUCGCAGGCGCGAGUGUGGCGGUACGUAGCGGCGAGUAGAUCGAGCGUAGCGCGAGUGCGCAGCUCGGCCGACUCGGCUUGCAGUGCACCCGCGGACCUUUGCCCGCGUGCAUGCCCUCGCAGCAGCAGAGAGCGGCUCGCGGCCCCGCAGCAACAGCGUGGAUGGACGGGGCCGAGUGCCGGCUGAUCAGCGACGCCUGCGUGUCUAUGCGCGUGUGCUUCGACUCGCUCUGCUUCUCGUCGCCGCAGCAGCGGCUUGCCGACGAGGAGGAGCCCGCCCAGACGCAGCAGCAGCAGCCACCUCCUCCUACUCUUCAGACGACCACUGCCAGCAGCGGCGGCGUUGCCAUCAGCCCGACCACCACGGCGACGGCGCUCAACAAUAAUAACGCAGCUCAGCCGCAGCCGCAGCCGCAGCCGCAGCCGCAGCAGAUGGGCCAGCAACAGUGCGGCGACAUGGCGGAGCUGCUGCGCGCCCGGGACGAGCGGAUCGCCGAGCUCGAGGCCCAGCUGAGGCAGCGCGACGCCGAGAUCCAGGAGCUGCGCAGCCACCUCGACAAGUUCCUCAGUGUGCUGCCGUUCAAGUCGCCCCUGGCACCCAGCAAGCCUCGGCCCAGGAAACACCGCGCCCAGGGGAUAUCGGCCGAGCCGCCCAGGCAGGAGCUCGCCCCCCUCGUUCAAGUCGACAAGAGUGACAGGUCACGUGAACUGAUCAAGGCUGCUAUUCUGGAUAAUGACUUUAUGAAGAAUUUGGAACUCACGCAAAUCCGAGAAAUUGUCGAUUGCAUGUAUCCUGUAACUUUUCCGGCUGGUCAUAUAAUCAUUCGAGAAGGAGAUGUCGGCUCAAUCGUAUUUGUUAUGGAAGAGGGAAAGGUGGAAGUGUCGAGAGAUGGAAAAUACCUGAGCACCUUGGCGCCGGGUAAGGUACUCGGCGAGCUGGCCAUUCUUUACAACUGCAAGAGGACGGCGACCAUAACCGCGGCGACGGACUGCCAGUUGUGGGCGAUAGAUCGGCAAUGUUUCCAAACCAUCAUGAUGAGGACUGGCCUAUCGAGACAGGCCGAGUACACGGACUUCUUGAAAAGUGUACCAAUCUUCAAAGCUUUGCCCGAGGAGACUCUAAUCAAAAUCUCAGACGUGUUGGAAGAGACCUUCUACAACAAUGGCGACUACAUCGUUCGACAAGGCGCGAGAGGAGACACGUUCUUCAUCAUCAGCCGAGGUCAGGUGAGGGUGACCAUCAAGCAGCCGGACACCACGGACGAGAAGUUCAUCAGAACUCUGAGCAAGGGCGACUUUUUCGGCGAGAAGGCGCUGCAAGGUGACGAUCUCAGGACGGCGAACAUCAUUGCGGACGAUCCGGACGGAGUUAGCUGUCUCGUAAUCGAUCGAGAAACGUUCAAUCAACUGAUAUCGUCCCUCGAUGAGAUCCGAAUGCGCUACAAGGACGAGCUAGUCGUACGCAGAAGGCUGAACGAGGAGUUCCGGGAUCUGCGGCUGCAGGACUUGCGCUCGCUGGCGACCCUCGGCGUGGGUGGCUUUGGUCGAGUGGAGCUUGUGCAGAUAGCCGGCGACAACUCGAGGUCGUUCGCCUUGAAGCAGAUGAAGAAGGCGCAGAUCGUGGAGACGCGACAGCAGCAGCACAUCAUGUCGGAGAAGCGGAUUAUGGGCGAGGCCGACUGCGACUUUAUCGUCAAGCUCUUCAAGACGUUCAAGGACCGCAAGUACCUCUACAUGCUGAUGGAGGCCUGUCUCGGGGGUGAGCUCUGGACGGUUCUCCGGGACAAGGGUCACUUCGACGACUCGACCACGCGAUUCUACACGGCCUGCGUCGUCGAGGCAUUCGACUACCUACACUCCCGGAACAUCAUCUACAGAGAUCUCAAGCCCGAGAAUCUGCUUCUCGAUAGUCAAGGUUAUGUGAAACUAGUGGACUUUGGCUUCGCUAAACGACUCGAUCAUGGCCGAAAAACGUGGACCUUCUGCGGUACUCCGGAAUACGUAGCCCCAGAAGUUAUCCUCAACAGAGGUCACGAUAUUAGUGCUGACUAUUGGUCGCUCGGCGUACUGAUGUUUGAACUGCUCACUGGAACCCCUCCAUUCACCGGAGCAGAUCCAAUGAAAACAUACAACAUUAUUUUGAAAGGUAUCGAUGCGAUCGAGUUUCCCAGAACGAUAACGCGCAAUGCUACGGUUUUGAUAAAGAAGCUCUGCAGAGAUAAUCCAGCUGAACGUCUUGGUUACCAAAAAGGAGGCAUCAGCGAAAUUCAAAAGCACAAGUGGUUUGACGGUUUCAAUUGGGAAGGUCUGCGAGCAAGAACGCUGGAACCUCCAAUAAUGCCAAAAGUCUUGAGUCCUAUGGACACGACCAACUUCGACGAGUACCCGCCAGAUGCAGAACCACCUCCGCCCGACGAUAUAUCUGGUUGGGAUAACGACUUUUAACAGCAGGAAUUUGAUGAAAAGCCUCACGGCUCUCUAAAAUGUAUUUUUGUAUUCGUCUCCAGCGCAUCCGCGGGACGGAAAAAUAAUAUUUUUAUAAUUGACGAACGUUGACCUCUGGAAUAAGGUCCGACUUUUCUAGACUCACGGUAUGUCUUAAACAUUGAUCCGAAAUGCUCUCAUUUUUGAUAAUUUAUUUGUCGAAGAUCUCAAAGUGAGUAUUUUGAGUAUUUUGGGACCAUGUUAUUGUUUGCUACUGUCGGUUAUUUGUAGGAACAAUUUAUUAAAUUUUACACUAAAGCGUACUACAGAGCGUAUAAUGUUACUGCGUAUAGUAAUUUUUAAUAGGAACCAAGGAUUGAGCCUAUAACAAAUUAUAGGUCUCAUAUUGCUGUGAAACACAGUGACCGAUCAGUUAUAAAAUCUUGGAAAUUCGUUAAUAAUUUUUUAUGUCGAAAAAUUUAUACUUAUAAAUGCGAAGGGUCUAUUCUUCAAACAUUUAUAUUUUCAAUUUGUAUGUUAUUGUUCAAGUCAUGCUGUACGAAUGAUAGUCCUGAUGUUAGAGUGUAUCUGAACGAAACAAAUUGCUGACUCGAUUAGAUUUUUACAUAUUGUGAGACGUAUGCCAGUGCGCCAAGUGCCAUUACUGCACACGAUUUGUAAAUCAAAGAAGCAGUUGACGCGCGUACACGUAAGAUAUAAACGGCUUAAAAAAAAUUCUCUUGCCAUUCGUGUUGCAAUUUACUAUAAAGUUGUCAAAGGCGGUCUUCAUUUAGCAAUUGUGCUUCGUACAUAGAUCGUUUGAAUUAAUAUUGUUGUUUGAUUCGUUUUAUAGUUUAUUACGAUAAUUCUAUUUUAAAAAAAUACUAUUACAAGAAAGUGAAUCAUGUAAAUAAUUUUUAGAAAUAUAAAGACAUAAGGCAUCUGAUAUAUAGAUAUAUAUAUCAAUAUUAAAAUAAAUUUUAUUAAUAUUACAUAA